AUGGUGGAUCCAUCACAAGAAUAUGCACUCAUGGAAGAAAGAGAGGAGCUAAUGGUUUCACUUGUUGAUGAACAAGUAAUGCCCAUUUUUAGAGUUGCCCAUUUUCUCAAACCAACAAUACCAUCUGCCCCAAAACUCCCUUUUCUCCCUUCAAGAUCCAAACUUUGUUCUUCUUCAUUAAAGGUUAAGUUUGGGGGUGGGGUUGCGUACAUGAGGGGGUGGUCUAAAUGGGUUGAUAAGUUAAAGCCUUUAUACCAAGAUACAUGGAAAAAAGCUGGAAUCUUUGAAGCUAUUUUAGCUUCAACAUUCAAGAUUCAUCUUCACAAUGAUUUGAUUAUCGCGCUUGCUGAGAGAUGGUGUGUGGAGACUAAUACGUUCAUUUUUCCAUGGGGAGAAGGGACGGUUACUUUGGAAGAUAUGGUAGUUUUGGGUGGUUUCUCUAUUUUAGGCCGUAAUGUGUUGAGACCUGUUAAGACCAAAGAGUGUGUUGAAAUGGAAAGAAGUAUUAGGGAACUUUAUAAAGUUGUUAGUGUUUAUCACCAUGCGUGGAUGGAGUAUUUUGAAGGAAAAAGUUGUAGUGACCAUUUGGAGCAUGUUGCAUUUUUGACCCUUUGGUUGUCUAGGUUUGUGUUUCCCCCUAAAGGUUCACAGAAUGUGCACCAAGCUGUUAUCCCUAUCGCAAUUCAUCUUUCUCGAGGUAACUCAAUGGCACUUGCCCCUGCUGUUCUUGCUAGUAUUUAUAGAGAUUUGAACUUGCUUAACCAAUUGAUUGUAUCUUCAGCUAAGCACACUGAACAUAGUAGUAAUUCUCGAUGUGUUGAGGAUGAGUCGGAACUUAUCCUUCGCUCUCCUCUUCAUUUUGUUCAGCUAUGGGCUUGGGAGAGAUUUCCCGGUUUGCAGCCUAAGCCUGGUGUUAUUUACUGUGGAGAGCCAAGAGUGGCUAGAUGGCAUAAGGUGAAAAAACUAGAACGUGUAGAUCCUAGGUGUAACACCCCACAUUUUUCGGGCUAG